AGAAUAGAUCCACCAACAGUCCGUCGGGAUCAUAGAUUGCGACUGCCUUUGUGUGGUUGUGGUUCUUCUUCUUGUUUAUUUCAGAUAGAUAUGUAUGAGAAAGUCAAAAGAUGAGCUCCUCUCAACAUGCUGCAACUACAGCACCAAGCCGAUCCUAUUCCCAUCAGGAGCAUUCGUGGAACACGAGUGCAGCUUUGCCUCCGAAUCCUCGAGAAGGAAUCUCAACAAUGAAUUGGGACACAAAUAAUAGCAACUGCAUCUACCAGCAGAGCAACCUCUCCAUCUCCUCAAGUGCGAACUUCUACAGUGGAACGAGUAGUACGCGGCGGAAUUAUGCGCGAAGAAAUUCGCACUUUCCGACGUUUCCACCACCACAGCCGCAGGGAUCUUUUGUUGUUCAUCCGGCACAAUCGACUAGUACACUUGCGGCGAACAAUAGUUACAACUACCCUGCUGCAAGUAGAACUCCCUCAAAUUUUUACGGGUAUGGCCGACCUCCAGGGCCGUACGGGUACAAUGACCAUGCGGCUUCCUACUACGCGCCCCAGCAGCUGCACCGCCAGCACUACGAUAGUGCCAUCACUUCUGCCCCGGUGCAGUGGAACUAUCAAGCUCCGAUCGCUGCUGGUCGUGCACCUCAUCCAGUAACUGGAGGAGCUUCGACGACGAACUACGGAGGUACGAGCAGUGAAGAGCAGAACGCUUGUCCAUCUGGAAGCGCAGCGAGUUCGUGGUCGACGUCGUCCUCUUUCUGCAAGAACAACUGGAGUCACGACCACCAGAAGAAGUCCUCGCAGGCCGCAGCACACUGUGAAGAUCAUGAAGCAAAAGAUCAACAUAGACCCUGUAGUACUACGAGCGCCACGGCAGCAGGUGCAGGUGAAAAUCGAAAUCGAGACACAGUUGUACUAGACCAGCAAAAUAUAGAACAGCCACUACCCCGCCUACUUCCCGGUACAACAACAAAAUCUUUUCAUCAUCCAACGCAGCCGCCUGCUCAGGACGCGGGCGGAGGUGCUUCUUUGCCACCACGGCCAGGCGCUCCCAUCUCCAAAGCAGCUGCGCCACGACAACAGCAGGUGAAACCUGUGGAACCCGUACUGCAUUAUGCGGCGAGUCGUGAAGGAGCAGCCAGAGAGAAGACAACAUUUGCGACUGGCGGCGUCAAAGACAAAGACGAAGACCACACCCAGCAGCAGCGACGGGUCGAGAGCGACAAUGUAUCCUGUGCAAAAGUAUCGUACUCGUACUAAUUAUUGCGUUUAUGCAUUACAAAUCUUUUUGUGAAGGCAAAGCCGCAUUACAAAUUCAAUUUGUAAUGCUAAGUCAAUUUGUAAUGCAAUCCAUACUAGUACGAUGCUUUUGCAUUUCAUACAAUGCGGACGAGGCUGAUGUGCUGCACCAGCAGCAGUGUAGUGGACUUCUUUCUUCGGGGAGGUCGUGUGAGCAGGAUGUGGAGAAUGAUCUGCAGAACACCAAAGCCAGCGGUAGGGCCUGUUAUGGAAAGAAAAGAGUUUGUCACAGUCACUAACUUGCAGGUUUUGCAUUACAAAUUUUUAUUCGCAUCACAAAUUUUCCUUGUAUUGCAGAAACACUAGUUGUAGGGAAAAAUCCCUUAUGAAGUUCGGCUGUUAUGCAUUUUUACGCAUGACAGAAAAUUCUGUAUUGCAAAAAUGCGCAUAAGUGAUCGUGGCGAACUUUUUUUGUUUGACGCCUGUGCCAGAAGUUGUACUAGAAAAGUCGAAGGUUCUUGUUUUGCCAAAGCAAGCGGACGAAGUUGUACUACCAGCGCCGUCGCCUGUUCUAUCCUAUGCAAAAACGUCCCCACCCCAUAGUCACGUUGGAAUCUCUGCAACACAGGUCCAGAAGUUUUGGGAAUCACGCAUGACAAGUUUCUCGCUGUAUUGUGGUGCUGGUUAGCAAGGGAAGCCGCAUGACAAAGCCGCCCCCUUAUCCUGUUUGCAGCAUUACGAAUGAAAAAGCACGAUUGAAAGUGCCUCUCUUGGGGAUGCGCAUUACAAGUGUGCCUGUCCUUGCAAUUCUGCAUGACAACUCUGGGGAGGUAGGGACGUUUUUACUCAGGAUAACUCCCAGUGCGGGUUUAUUUCUGGCAGGUGAAGGAACGAAAAAUACAAAUAGAAAUACCGAGGACACCGCGUCGAGUUCGAGUUUUUGUACCGCCACCGAAGUAAAGCAGGAG